AUUGCUAAAAACGAUUGAAGCAAAAUGUAAAAGUCGAUCCGAAACGCCAUUUUUGUCUGCUUUUCAUUGUACACACAACGAAUCGAAUUUGAUACAUAAAAAAGAUAAAUUGUUUAAAAUUCUUUUUCUUUAAGUUCGGUAUUUUAUGCAGAAAGGUGCAAUUUAUUCAAAAAAGUGCUGGAAAAUACUAAAAAACAAACGAACAUAAAUUCCAAUACAGAUUGUUUUAUAAGUGCUCAUGAGUAGUAUUCGGGAAGCGGCGGAGAGAGAUCGCAUCACGGUUAAAAUUCAUAAUAUGAAACGUAGCGCUUCGCGCGAAUCUCCAUUACGAACAAAACGUGGUAGACCAGGAAGUAUGGGACGAUACGAUGAUAGUUCAGAUGAACGGAUGAGUCCAGAUCGUUUACGACGCCGGGUGGCUCGAACGCCAAGCCCGCGUGUACGUUAUAUAUCACCGCAUCGUGAAGAAUAUGUUCGCGUACCGCGUGAACCGCCACAUGAACGUGGACAUCCGUACAAAGUGCUUUGUGUCAGUCCAUUACAUCCAAAAGCAAGUGACGAAUUUAUCAAGGAAACAUUGUUUCGUGAAUAUAAGAAAUUUGGCGACUUUAGCAUUCGCAUUUCACAUGAUCUUGAAGAACGUGUUGCAUAUGUUUGUUUCCGCACAUCAGAAGAUGCACGAGAAGCAAAACAUGCCAAACCAAGAAUUGUUCUAUACGAUAAAGUUGCGCUGGUUGAACCAGUCUAUGAAUCACGUAGCAAAUAUGAAUACAAACGAUCCAUUUCACCGGAAUAUGAACGACCUUACUAUGGUGCAUCACCUGUGCCCGAUCGUCGUCGUGUGCCACCUGAAAUGUAUGAACGUUACGGUGGACCACCGCCGCAUGUGAUGCAUCAUCCAAGAGAAUUUCGGCCACCAAUGCAUCAUGAAUCAGUUUAUAUGCCACGUGGACCACCAAUGCAUCAUGCUCAUCCUCCACCUCAUAUGCAUCCACCACCACAUCAUCAUUAUGUUCCACGGCAUAUUAUACCGCGUCAUCCAGUGCCCGAAAAUAAAAAAGAAAAUAAAUUUCCGAAUUACUUGCAUCACGUGCAACCAGAGGAAGAUCCAUUGGCAACUCGAACUUUGUUUGCUGGAAAUCUUGAAAUUAAUAUUUCGGAAGAAGAAUUGCGUCGUAUCUUCGGUAAAUAUGGCACUUUAGAAGAUAUCGACAUAAAACGUCCGGCACCUGGAACAGGCAAUGCAUUUGCAUUCGUUCGUUUUCAAAAUUUGGAUAUGGCUCAUCGUGCCAAAGUUGAAUUGUCCGGUCAAUACAUUGGAAAGUUCCAAUGCAAAAUUGGUUAUGGAAAAGCAACGCCCACCACACGCAUCUGGGUUGGUGGCUUAGGUUCAUGGACAUCGCAUACACAGCUUGAACGUGAAUUUGAUCGUUUCGGUGUAAUUAAGAAGAUUGAAUAUCAAAAGGGUGACAUUCAAGCAUACAUUUUAUAUGAAUCAAUUGAGGCUGCUCAAGCGGCAGUCAAAGAAAUGAGAGGUUUUGCAUUAGGUGGACCAGAUAGACGUUUGCGCAUUGAUUUCUCCGAUCCAAAUCCACCAACAACACCUGCAUUUAAACCGAAACCACCAACUGGUGCAUAUGAAGAACAAACUGAACACUAUCGUCGACCAGAUUAUGAUUACCAUGAACCACACCAUUAUGAAGAGGGUGGUGGCUAUUAUCCACCGUAUGUUCCCAGAGGUGGAUAUCGUGGACGUGGACGCGGAAGAGGCAGCUAUCGUGGUGCAUAUUCGGGACAUGAAAGUCAUCGUCCACCACCAGAAGAAGAAUGG